CAGGAAGUUAAGGUUAUGAAAACAAACGCUCUCGCACCCACACCCUGAUAACGACGAGCUGCACGCGCACAGGCGUUGGAGAGCGUAAUUGACUAACUUGAAUAGAGCACACAGUAUUGAGCAGCAGCAGUCAUGUUGAAAGCUCUGUUCUCCAGUGGAUUACAGAAUCCCAAAUUCACGGAAGGGGAGACAAAGGGACAAGACUAUGAGAUCCGCACCUAUCAUGCCACUAAGUGGAUGAGCACCUCUAUGAGUGGGAUGCAAUGGGACACAGCCACGACUACUUGCUUCCGCAGGCUUUUCAGCUACAUUCAAGGCAAAAAUAAAAACAAGGUCAAAGUAGACAUGACGGCCCCUGUGACUUGUCGUGUGGAUCCUGGAGCCGGCCCUGCAUGUGAAUCUCAGUUCACUAUGUCCUUCUACAUCCCAGAGGAGCAUCAGGAAAAUCCACCAGAGCCGAAUGACUCAGAGAUGUUUGUGGAGCACAGGAAGGAGAUGACAGUUUAUGUCAGGACAUACGGGGGUUUCGCCAAUGAGAAGAAUAAGCGUGAGGAGCUCAAGAAACUUAUAGAGAGCCUGCAGAGGGAUGGCGUCCCAUUUGUGGAUCAGCCGUUUUACGUAGCUGGCUAUGACAGCCCCUUCAAGCUGACCAACCGCAGGAACGAGGUCUGGAUCCUCAAGAAGGAAGAGGAACAAAAGUAGAGAGUUCAGAGGUCACGCAACACCCUACCCACCACAAAAAGGGGGAAAAAAUCACAUUUAAGAAAACAUUCAUAUCCUCAUUUGAUCAAAUUCUCAGAGAUUCACAGUGUCACAUUACAGCAGUAAUCAGUGUCAAAGAGCGCACAAUCGUCUUUAUUACAUGAAUGUGAUGAAUGAAGCUUCAAAGGCAUACUAAGACAUCUUGAAUACUUAUUAAAAGUUACUGAAGUCAUUCACAGUUUAAAUAACAAUUUGCUGAAUAAAGCAAGAGGCCACAGUGGGGCAAUAAUUCCAGCAGGUGGAGCUAAGUAGUGAGGAAACAUUUCUCCCUUAUGAUGCAUCUUCUUAGGUCUAAAACCACAAGUGCCUCUUCCCUUUUUAAUGAAUGACUUCUUGCAAAUACACUAAAAUUGCAGCUAUUGUUUGCACAUGCAGCUGAUUACUAUGUUUCCUGCAAUUCUUAAAGCUUAAAAAAUACUUAAAAUACUUGAGUAAUUUGUUUACACCUUACCCUUAAUGUGAAAAGACUGAAGAGUGAAAAAAUAAAGGAUAGGUUCACAUUCAGUAAUACUUCCACAAUACCUAUAUGAACAUUAAAAGCACUGCAAAUGGAGGACAAAAUCCAGAGUGCACAUUUUGUGCAAAAAUACUUUCAAAAGUCUUCAACUGUUCAACUUUGUCUAAUCAAGAGACAAUCUCAUAAAUUCCUUCUCUGGUGUCAGUAUUCCUCCAAAGCAGCUCAGAAAGGAAACACUGUCCGUAAAAACACGUGUAAUUUUGUACACAAAGUACUAUAACUUUACUAUAAGAAUCUCCACCUGAUUUUAGCUCAUGUUAACUUCUAUUGAACAGUAACUAAAGCUCUUACUUCUUUAUUGAAGUAAGGGCAGUAUUUCCCCCCCACCUCUUACAUUGAAACCACAUAACAUGGGAUCUCUUUGCUGCCAGUAUGAACUAGAGGAAUGAUUACAGCAACAGGCAUACUGUUGUUUUUUUAGAAAUUCAUUAAAAAAAGUGGAUCUAUGCUUUAAAGCAUAGCAAUGCAUUUUUUUAAAAGUCUGUUUUACAACAGUCUGGUGCUCCAAUGAACAUUGAACAAGGUUUUCUUGCUGUUAUCAUUCCUCCUGUUAAUACUGACCAUUAAAAGAUCCCUUCAUAAUGCUCUUUGAAUAUAAGCAAAGGGGAACAAAAUGUAUGUGAGCAGAAAUGGAUUUAAUAGUUUAUUAGAAGAUAAUAUGGCUUCAGCAGUCUGAGAUAUUCAAAGUUUUUUACAGUCUUUUUAGUAAAAAAUAUUUUGUGCAGCUGCAGUGGCGGGAUCAUCACAAAAAAAGGAAUUUAGUACUAAAAAGACUAAUUAUGAAAGAUAUUCUCUUGAUUUGACUAAUUUGGAAGCUUCACAAUAGCUUUGAAAGCUUUUUUUUUUAAUGCACUGAUGGGUUUGUGGAUUUUGUUGCCCAUCAUUUACAUUGUAAGUACAUUAUAAAGGGACCUCUAAAUGGCCAGUAUGAACAGGAGGGAUGAUUACAGCAAUAAAAACAUGAUUUAGUGUUCAUUUGGGCACCUGACUGUUAAAAAAUUUGAAUCUAUCCUUUAAUUUCGUAGGUCAGUUGCAAAGUUUGACUGCAGGUGUCUCUCCUGUCAGUCAGCGUUUCAAAGGUGACUCUGUCGCGCCUGCCUGACAAAAUGUUGAUAAAUCUCAGUUUAUCUGAUUUUCAGAAGUUGCUUACCGUCACCCAUUAUGAUGAAUGUCUGACUCAUAACAGAUCAGGAGCCGUCAUCGCUUCAUCGCUGACGUGUCAUUUGCAAUAAACAUCCUUUUGAUGAAUGAAUUAGGUGUGCAGUUACCUGUCUGUGUGGUUCAAAAUCAAAUCUAUCAACAUUUUUGUCGCUUGGCUGGUGUUAGAAGUUGGCAAAGAUUCACACUUAUGAGUUGUCAUAAAUGUUAAGCCUUUUUUAAUCUGACUUGACAUCCUUUUAUACAUAAACUCAUAUUCAUUUUUAAAGCUCAUGAUGUACUAGAAAUUUUAAAGAAGGGAAACUACAUGCUACUUGAAAAAAAGAAUAAUGACAUAAGCACUGCACUCAUUUAUGAAUCAUGGGAUACAUUGCCCAUGAAUGAUAUUUAACAAUGUAACAUUAUCUCAUCAAUAAUAAAUAAUAAAACUCAUUUUCAAAUGAUU